AUGCAGUCUCCCGUGCCGCAGAUGCUCCCUCCGGCUGAUCUCAAGCUGGCUAGCUCCCCUUCGCUGGGAUAUUCCCUCAAAGCACCCACCCGUCCACCUCCGACUCCCCCCUCCUCCACCUCGAGCAUUCUCGAGUCCUUCCCCGAAUACGAGACCACUGCAUCCUUCGACAGACUGCGAGCCACCGAGUAUAGCUACCUAGACGAGAACAACCACGUCUACCUCGACUACACCGGAGCCGGACUGGCCGCCAAAGCGCAGUACCAGGCACAUCAAGCGCGACUCAGUACGGACCUCUUCAGCAACCCACACUCAGCGAACCCGACCAGCCAAGCAUCGACCAAGCUAGUCGAGCAAGCCCGCGCCGACGUCCUGCGCUACCUGAACGCCGCGCCAGACACCUACACGGUAAUCUUCACGCCCAACGCCACCGGAGCGGCACGACUGAUCGCUGAAUCCUACCCUUUCACCCGCACCUCGACCCUCCUCCUCACAGCCGACAACCACAACUCAGUCAACGGGAUUCGAGAGUACGCCCGUCGGCGACACGCACGCACAGUCUACCUACCACUACAAACUCCGUCGCUGCGCGUCGAUCCCUCAGCCGUAGCCACCGCGCUAACAGCGCCCACAACAUGGCCCUGGACGCGCAGAUUGUCCUCACCAUCCUCACGCGCCAGAAAGCGCAAAGGCCUCUUCGCCUACCCAGCGCAAAGCAACUUCAGCGGCGUCCGCCACCCACUGGAAUGGAUCACGACGGCGCAACAAGCGGGCUACGACGUGCUGCUCGACGCAGCGGCGUACCUGCCCACGAAUCGCCUGGACCUAUCCCCCUCCUCCCCGCAACCCGACUUCCUCCUCAUAAGCUGGUACAAGCUCUUCGGGUUCCCGACGGGACUAGGCUGUCUGGUCGCGCGCAAAGACGCGCUGAGCAGGCUGUCACGCCCGUGGUUCUCCGGCGGGACGGUGCAGGCGGUGCUAACGGGGGUGGAGUGGCACAGCCUGGCGACGAGUGAGGGGGCGUUCGAGGACGGGACGGUGAACUUCCUCUCCAUCCCUGAAAUCUCCGUGGGAUUGAACUGGCUGCGCUCUUUAGGCGUAGACAACAUCGCGACGCGAGUACGCUGUCUGACGGGGUAUUGUUUCGCAGGACUACAAGCCCUGCGACACAGCGACGGGACGGCAAUGACGAAGAUCUACGGACCGUGUCUGGGCCCCAAUAAUGUAGGCGUCCAUCCCGGCGGCGACGACAGCGACACCCCCGGAAACAACAGAGGCGGAACCAUCGCCUUCAACUUCCUUGAUCGCACAGGCAAGAUCGUCGACGAGCGCAUCGUGGCGCGGGAGUCGGCGCAGGCGGGCAUCUCGCUCCGCACGGGCUGCUUCUGUAACCCCGGCGCGGCGGAGGCUGCGUUCGGGAUCACGAAGCCCCUGCUACGAAGUCUGCGACGGCGCUUUCACGAUACCCUCACGGUCGAGGAGUAUAUCCAGCUGCUGGGGCUGCCGUCGGGUGGGGCGGUGCGGGUCUCGUUCGGAUUGGUGUCGAAUGUGAGCGAUGUCGAUCGGUUUUUGGAGUGGGCGCGGCGCAUGUAUCGGGACCGGGUGACGGGGAAGGAGGGGUUGGUGGCGCGGACGGAGUGUUAG